UAAAAUUAGCCAAUUAAAUAUUGAUGAUGUAAACACAAUUCGCAUUAACACUUUGACAUUGUGUCCCAAUCAAGUUUUAACGACUACCACGGUGAAGCCAACCACAACAGAGGAACCUAUCGCCACAACAGAGGAACCUACAACAACCACAACAAAGAAACCGACAACUACACCUCUUCCGACCUGCCCCUAUCCUAUAGUUAUUCCGCAUCCGGUAAGAAAUAACUAAAUUGACUGAUAAAUGUUCUUGUAAUACCGUAUUUACUUUAAUAGCCCUCGUUCUAAAAUAACGAUCCCUCUAAUAUAGCCGACCCUAAAUGUCGAUCAAAAUACCCCGUGGGUUAUUUUAGAUGAUUUACAAGCUACCAUCAACAAUUGAUCUUGUAAAGAUAGGAUUUGGAAAAGGAUUUUUGCCAAACAAAUCUAUUGAAAUUAGUGGUGUGGUUCUUGAAAAGCCAAGCGAUUUUACGGUUACUCUGUUUGAGGAUGGCGAGCAGUUCUCAACUGCGGACGUUCCAUUUAUUUUGAAUUCCUUCCACGUCGGCGGCCUACUCAACCCACCUGCAGUUUUUCGUAACAAUUGGUCAAAAGACAAAGGACCGGGAACUUCGGAAAAAUCUGGCGGUUUUCCUUUUAAAACUGGCCAACCAUUCACUUUGGAAUUUGUUGCAGCGCCAAACAAUACAAUAAUUAUCAAUGUCAAUAAUAAACCUUUUGCAACUUUCUCUCGCGGAGAUUUGAGUAAAAUCAGUCAAUUAUAUAUUAGUGGGGUAAUCACAAUUCGAGUUGACUCUUUGAUUUUGUGCCCCGAUCAAAUUUUAACGACUACAACGGAGAAACCUACAACAAUCACAGAAGAGCCGACCACUACAACGGAGGAACCAACUACCACAACUACGGAAGAACCUACAACCACCACUACGGAAGAACCGACUACGACAACAGAAGAGCCGACCACUACAACAGAGGAACCAACUACAACCCCUCUUCCAACCUGUCCCUAUCCUAUCGUUAUAGCGUAUCCGGAAAUACCAGCAACAAUCGAUCUUUUGAAGCAAGGAUUUGAAGGCGGUUUUGCUCCACCUAAGCGUAUUAUUUUCGUUGGUUCUCCUACUAAUACAACUGACCGUUUUAUGAUCAAUUUGUAUAGUGAUGGAGUGCCAGAUAUAACUGCUACAACAGUGUUCCACUUCAAUCCGAGAUUUAAAGAAAAGCAGGUUGUAAGAAAUACAUGGUCACGAAUUACAGGGUGGGGAAAAGAAGAACGCUAUGGAGGAUUUCCUUUCAGAAUUGGAGAACCGUUCGUUUUGGAAUUUAUUGCGGCAGAAAAAAACACAAUAAUUGUUCAUGUUGAUUACAAACCAUUUGUAACAUUUUCACGGGAUGAUUUGAGUAAAUUGAGCUUAUUGGAGGUUAAGCUGGCAGUUGAGCUGAGCUCUGUGGUUUUAUGUCAUGAUAAAGCGAUAACCACUACAAUUGAACCCACCCCUACGACAAAGCAAUCAACAACUACUACAACGGAGGAGCCAACAACGACAACUGAAGAAUCAACAACAACGACCGAAGAACCAACAACAAUAACAGAAGAACCGACCACCACAACCAAGGAACCAACAACUACGACGGAGGAACCUACUACUACGACAGUGAAACCAACAACUACAACAACAGAAGGACCGACCACCACAACAAAACCUCCUCCAUACUGUCCAGGGCAAAUUGUCGUAAAUAAUCCGAAAAUACCGGCAACAAUCGACUUUGUGAAGUUUGUAACAGGCUUUGCACCACCAAAGCGCAUUAUAAUUCGUGGAACACCUUUAGCACAACCUAGUUAUUUUAACAUCCACAUUGCUGAACCUGGUAAAUUGUUUGUAAACGCUAGUGUGCUAUUCCACAUGAGUCCACGUCUUGGUCAAAAACAGGUCAUACGCAACACAUGGAUGGUAGGCCAAGGCUGGGGACGAGAAGAGCGUUCUGGAGGCUUUCCUUUUAAAGUUGGAGAACCAUUUGAGUUGGAAUUAAUUUUUGAACCAAAAAAUAUAAUUAAUGUUAAUGUAAACAAAAGAUUUUUCACCAGCUUUUCAAGAUAUGAUUUAAGUAAAAUUAGUCAAAUGGAGAUUGACGCGGGAAUCCAAUUGAACUCUGUUACUCUAUGUCCAGAAAUAGAACCAACUACUACAACUAAGAAACCAACUACACUUCUACCAACCACAAUUCCUACAAAACCUCCACCAUUCUGUCCCGAACAAAUUGUUUUAAGCAAUUUGGUUAAACCAAUACCAUCAAUAAUCAACCUAUUAGCUCAAGGAUUUGGAAGAGGAUUUGCACCAAAUAAGCGUAUUAUAAUUCAUGGUACACCUACUGCACGAACACGCUUUAUCAUUAAUCUGGCUGAGGAUGGUGUGCCUGAAUUAACUGGUGAUAUUCCACUUCACUUCAGUCCUACCUUUAUUCAAAAUGAUGUUAUUCGAGACACAUGGGUAAGAGGUAAAGGAUGGAUAAGAACAGAGCGUUCAGGAGGUCUUCCAUUCGCAGUUGGUCGACCAUUCGUACUUGAAUUCAGAGCAGCACCGAGAAAUACAAUUCAUAUAUAUGUUGACAACAAAUCUUUUGCCACCUUUACACGAUACGACUUGGGUAAAAUUAGUCAACUGGAGAUUAAGCUGGCAGUUAGAGUAAGCUCUGUUAUUCUGUGCAAAUAA